ACCCCAGUGGUUUCCUGUUGAAAAUGUCUGUAAUGUAGAUAAAUGUGAGGGAUUUUCUCUCCAAAUCCGUCUCCUAUUCGCUAAAUCUCACUUCUCCACAACGAGCCUGCGCAAUGGAACAAAGUCGGAAUAUUGAGAUGUGACAUUGCCCGCAUCUCAUCCGCGUUCUCGCUUUUAAUGACUUCAAACAAGUUCAUUUUUGCUGGGCUUUUGCAGAAGACCCAAGGGGAUGUCUGGCGGUCAUUUCUUUCAUUGGCAUUUGUGUGAUGUCUUCAAGUGUACCAUGCGCUGUCUCUCGAGCACCCACACCCUCUCUCUGGUGCUGUGCGUCCUCGCAUUGACGCCCGCGACAUUGGAGGCGGUGCCGGAGACCCUGUGCGGGGCGGAGCUUGUGGACACGCUGCAGUUUGUGUGCGGAGACAGGGGCUUUUAUUUCAGCAAACCGACAGGAUAUGGACCGAGCUCAAGACGGUCGCACAACCGCGGCAUCGUAGACGAAUGCUGCUUUCAGAGCUGUGAACUGCGGCGGCUGGAGAUGUACUGCGCGCCUUUGAAGUCCGGCAAAGCUCCACGAUCUGUACGGAGGGAAAGGCAUACAGAUAACCCAAGGACACCAAAGAAACCCACAUCUGGAAAUAGCCACUCCUGUAAGGAAGUUCAUCAGAAGAACUCGAGCCGAGGAAAUACAGGAGGCCGAAACUAUCGCAUGUAGACCUAAAUUGUUGGACAACUACAAAAAAAAAAAAAACGGAAAAAAGAAAGCAAAGUCAUCCAGAGACAUACUUCACUGUAAAAACAGCAAGAUACUGGAUGAAUAAGCCCUAUAAUUGGGGUAAAAGAUGGGUUGGAAAAUAAACAAAAUUAGCUGCUAUAAAAGUCAAAUAAAAACUGUUUCUUUACCUCUUUGUGUGAACUUUUGCGCCCAGUGGAUGGCAUUGCUUGAUAUUGCCCAAAUAUUGACCCGUUUCAAUGCCAAUUCACAUCAAUGUGCUGAGGUCCAUAUUCCACUGAUUUUUCAGACAGGACAGCCAUUGGAAAAGAGGUAAGAGGUGACUGGUGGAAAGUUCAUGUGCUUCUCCAAAGGCAUUGCUACAGCACCACAAGUUGUGGUCCACAACCCUGCCUCGACUACCCACCAUACAUCACAAUAAGGAUCCAGUUUAAUCUUUGAAAAAAUAUCAUUCUUAUCUAUUCAAAAGCUAAUUUGAUCUCCUACGUGCACAUCCUGCCUGUAUGCAAAAUGUUCACAAGCUUGGCAGACGAUUCAUGACAACAGACGCCGUCUAGAUGCCGAAGACCAGAUGGAAACCUGACUGCACAGAGAUGGAGAGUUUUGGUAAAAAAAAAAUCUCUCAAGAUCCGAUCAAGGGGGAUUACACAAAAGCCUUGGGCACAGGCACAAAGGUGCUCAAGCGUGGGUUUGAGAGAUCAUAAUCCUGGCAAUUUCAGGUUGGAAGAACAUGACCUACAUCCUAAAAUGCAUCUUGUGUUUUCAUUUGCGUCCAUACCUAGGGAGGUACAAAGCUACUCACAAGCAGUUAUCCGCAUGCAUUUCCACCAACAUGUCUGCAGAGGAAAGACAACCAACCACACCACGAAAACUACAAGUAAUUGUAAUGUAUACAAGAAGAACGUCCACACAGAGUCAACCUGAGUUUGACAACUUAACCAUCUCUCUAAAGGACUGAGAAGCCGUUUGCUUUGCAUACAUGCAGGAAGUCAUGUUUGAAUCACGUUACCCAGACUUUUGAAUCUUUCUGGAAAAAGACUGGUCACGUUACCCAGACUGAUACUCAAUACCUCCAUGAAGCACGGUCCAAGCCACCAGGGGGUUUCAGAGUUUGAACCCUGUUUGUUUGCACAUCCCUUCUCACCCCGCAUUAUGAUGUCAUUCUAUCUGACUUCGAUCCACACUCUCUGUACAUCUAUACUCAAACUAUAUUAAUAUCCGCAUUCUUUAACUAUAAUUGUAUAUGAUGGGAUGUUAUAACCGAUCCAUAUAAAUGAUCAACCCACUGUUUUCUGGUGCUAUUUUGUAGUUUGAUAAUUGCAGAUGUUGACUUUAGAUGCUCUUCCCAUUUGCACAGCCUUGUGACCAUCAUUGUAAUAUUGGGGAUGAGCGGGGCACAAACUAAAGCAAGGGUUAAUUGUAACGCAGCUACUUUACAUAUUUAUGCAUGGCCGAGCAAUCUGUGCUUUUGGUUUUUUUUACUGUCAGAAGAUGAUCUCCUGUGAAUUAGUGAAAAGUUUUGAUGUGUUUUGGUUAAGAUAUUGAACAAAGAGUGUUUUGGAGGCAUAAAAGUAAAUUUUUUUAUAUUAUGUUUUUUCGCUUUCUGAGUUGGGUGUGUAAGUGUAAUUUUCUAGCAGGUGUUACAACAAACCAUCUCUUUGUUACAAUUAACACCACCUAUGGGGUAAGUUGUAACGUUUGCUCUCCUGUCGCAUUCGGUGUAAUUGUACGAUAACGGUAGAUCCCACAAACAAACUUUAAAGGAACAGUAUGUAGGAUUGUGGCCAAAACUGGUACUGCAAUCACAAAACUUGUGGCUAAAACUGGUACUGCAAUUACACAGUUUUUUACAUACUGUUCCUUUAAGUGUUAAUUUCUAGCAGAGAUGUGUGAGUUGAUUGUGUAAAAAAAGUAUUAAUCUAACUUUUUUUGAAUGAUAGAGCCAAAGUCAAAAUGCAUUAGGUUGUGCUCCGCUCUCCCCUAUUAUUUUUAUUAUUAUUUCAAUAAUGUAACAGUGUAAGCAAGUGAAAGGUUUUUUUAUUUCAUGGAUAAAAAAAGAAGAAAAAGAAAAAAGUUGGAGAUCAGAGUUGAUUUUUAAAUGUUUUGUUCAUUCAGGAUGCUUAAAUUAUUAUUUUAAAUUGAUAAUCAUCCCCAUGCCAAAAACCUUGACAGGUAGUACUGUGAAUUCUUGAACAUUACCAAGCUUUUAAAAGUCACAACUUAUGCGCACUUUUAUGGCACCAAUUUUACAACAUACAUGAUGACUUUGCAACUGCACAACCAAGCUGGUUACAGUAUAAUUUUGGGAAAUUUGAUGCCUGGCUGACAAAGUGCAUGCUUAUUCGGGCCUGAUGUUUUUCUUUUAACUUUGUUUUAAAAGAUGUUUUUACUCAUCAAUAUGCUUAAGGAGGUUUAUUUGGAAGUUACACCAAAUUAAAGGUGCAGUGUGUAGAUUUUAGUGACAUCUAGUGGUGAGGCUGCGAAUUGCAACAAAUUGCUCAUUCUACACUGCCCUACAAAGCCAAAGCGCAGUAACUACGCAUUUGAGUUAAGGGUCUCCUGGUUAAAUUUUGUCCCAUUUCAGAGAAACGUGUGUUCUCACAAAAUUGCAGUAACAUGUUUGACUGCCUGGUGUAAAAACUUUAAAGGCUUUUUCUUGGUUUCAGUGUUUGCGUAGUUACCGCACGUAGCCUUUGGAGGGCAGUACAGCUCACCGCUUACACAGAAAAGCUACGAUAGCCGCCACAGGAAAAACCUAUAGUCAUCUGAGACAACAUAGUUGAAGAAACACGCAAUGUGAAGCAGUUUGUCACUUUUAUGGUUACUUUAGAAACAUGCCGACUUCCAUAUAAAAUGCGUUUUUAGAUAAUGACUUAUUCUACACUGUAAAAAUAAAAAGUUGACUUAAAUUUUCAAGUCAACUUGCUGCACAGCUUUUUUGAGUUUACUUAACUCUUGGAUGAUGUAGUUCACAUAACAAAAAAAAAUCUUUGUUCAAGUUACUUAAUUAUCUUAAGUGAGUUGGAUUUUUUUUUGAUUUAUAAAAACAUUAUGCAAGAUCUUUACAGACGGUUUCAUCGGAUGCACAAGCGUUGUCGCGGUUAUGCGUUUGGAUAGAACUUGACUUCCGGUGUCUGUUUGUUUAAUGGUCUGGCUAGUACCUAAACUGAAUUCUGGAACAAACACCGCGACUAAAAUAACAAAUGUUUUGGUUUCCUAUAUACGAGGGGAGACGGUGAUCAUGAAUCAACGCUAUGUAAAGGAAUGUUUGGCAGCCGAGUUAAGAUUGUACACAUUAUAUUGUACACAUAUAGUAAUGUUAGACCAGUGUAGGUUUUGAUACACUUUAGCUAUUAUUUUAACAAAGGUGAUCUAAAUGUUGUUUAUUUUGCCUGUUAUCAGAAAUAAACAACUCUUAAAAGGA